UGCAACAUGAAGAUAUUUAAAUGGACUUUGGGUGUACUGUUGUUCCUGCUGUUGUCUAUCGGGCGCUGUACAGAACAAUCUACACCUAACAGAACAUCCCAGAGGAGGUACCCUCGUUCUGCAGACAGUGGGGAAGAUGGGAAGAAAUGCAGCUACACAUUCUUGGUCCCAGAACAAAAAAUCACAGGGCCAAUUUGUGUGAAUACCAAUGGCCCAAGUACUGGGAACAGAAAAGACGAAGUCACAAGAAUGGACAUAGAGAACCUGAAGGAUGUCCUGUCCAAGCAAAAGAGGGAGAUUGAUAUUUUGCAGUUGGUAGUGGAUGUGGAUGGAAACAUUGUGAAUGAAGUAAAAUUAUUGAGGAAAGAAAGUCGGAACAUGAACUCUCGGGUCACCCAACUCUAUAUGCAGCUCUUGCAUGAGAUCAUUCGGAAGCGUGAUAAUUCCCUUGAGCUUUCCCAACUGGAAAACAAGGUCCUCAAUGUUACAACAGAAAUGCUGAAGAUGGCAACAAAAUACAAGGAGCUGGAAGCAAAAUAUGCAGCCCUCACUGACCUUGUAAAUAAUCAGUCUGUGACUAUCUCACUGCUGGAAGAGCAGUGCUUGAGGAUCUUCUCACGACAGGACACCCAUGGGUCUCCACCUCUUGUCCAAGUUGUGCCCCAGCACAUUCCCAACAGCCAGCCAUACACACCCAUCCUUCUGGGGGGUAAUGAGAUACAGAGAGACCCGGGUUACCCCAGAGACAGAGAUGUAAGGCCACCACCUGAUCCAGCUACUUCUCCUACAAAGAGUCCUUUCAGAGUACCACCACUGGCUUUAAUUAAUGAGGGUCCAUUCAAAGACUGCCAACAAGCCAAGGAAGCUGGGCAUUCCAACAGCGGGAUUUACAUGAUCAAACCUGAAAACAGUAACGAGCCGAUGCAGCUCUGGUGUGAGAACAGCCUGGACCCUGGAGGAUGGGCAGUAAUUCAGAAGAGGACAGAUGGAUCUGUCAACUUCUUCAGGAACUGGGACAGUUACAAGAAAGGAUUUGGAAACAUUGAUGGAGAGUACUGGCUGGGCCUAGAAAAUAUUUACAUGCUUAGCAAUCAGGAUAAUUACAGACUAUUGAUUGAGUUAGAGGACUGGAGCAACAAGAAGGUCUAUGCAGAGUAUAGCAGCUUUCGCCUGGAGCCUGAGAGUGAAUUCUACCGAUUGCGCUUGGGGACGUAUCAAGGAAACGCGGGCGAUUCCAUGAUAUGGCACAAUGGAAAGCAGUUCACAACACUGGACAGAGACAGGGAUAUGUAUUCAGGAAACUGUGCUCAUUUUCACAAAGGAGGUUGGUGGUACAACGCCUGUGCCCACUCCAACCUUAACGGAGUGUGGUACAGAGGAGGCCACUACAGGAGCAAGUACCAGGAUGGAAUAUUCUGGGCUGAGUACCGAGGAGGUUCCUACUCCUUGAAAACAGUUCAAAUGAUGAUCAGACCUAUAGACUGAGGAGGAGAACCCCACAGUGCUCAAGUGAUCACAUGUAAACUUCUCAGUGCUUGAGUUCCAGAAAAAUAAAAUAUUACUUUUUAAUCAGUAUUUUGCACAAUCUGCUCCUGCAAAAAGCAGGUCUACAGUAUUCCUGUCUUUUUUUUUUUUUCCCCCUGUUGUGUUCCUCCUUCCUUUUUUUAGAAACCUUUUCUACUGUGACAGAAGGUGUUUUUUUAAACACACAUUCACAAAAGCAGAUGUUUGUGCUUGCAAUGCAUAUUUAUCUUUGUUCAAGUCCAACAUACAUUACGCAUAACAUUGGUAAAAAAAAUCCAGAUAUAUGACAAGACAUAAGCUUUUUCAUUUAAAAAGCUUAUGCUUUUUCAGGUUAGCUCAAUCCAUCAGUGUAAAUAUGUGAAAUGACACUGUCUGUCUUUAACGUGAAAACUGAUUCAUAAUUUAAUGUUUUACUUUAAAAUGUUGGUUAUUCCUUUCAGUUAAAAUCUGACUUUACAUUACUCUUUAACAUUUACUCCAGGAAGCUACAGAAAAAAAAAAGUGAAGGCAUUCUAGCUUUGCCAUCAGACAGAUCUUUACAACAACAAUCAUUUUAAGAUGAAGUGGUGAAUUUAACAUAAAAUAUACAAUUUCUUAGUGGUGUAGAGAAUUCCUCAUAAUCUGCAUAUCCUACCUCUGUAAAACACUUAGGCAAAGUGCCCCCAACAUAAGAAAAGAAAAAUAACUGUAUGAAAUUAUUGCUCAACUUAAGGACAAUGAAAUUGCUUGGUACCUUUAACUUCCAGCCUCAGUAUUCAAGCAUUGUAAUUAAACAGAAAUAUUUCUUGAUUCUUUGAGCUUCAACAGCAGAGCAGAAGUCCUGAUAUAAAAAAUAAACUUGACACUUGUACACCAAUCCCCUGCUCCAAUAGGGACUGACAAAUGUUCAUAUAAACUAACUUAGAGAAGGACCAGGUCUCUUAAUAUUAGAGGAUUUCCUCCAGCACAGCUUCCUGCUGACACAGUAAAACAAAGAUUAGAAGUCAGGUCUGAGUGUAUUCUCUCUGCCAACCCAAACUUACUGCUCUUAUGCCUAACAUAUUUCCCUUCCCCUAAAACUUCUUAUAUUGUCUUUAUUAAUUGUUUUACCUUCCAGACAUCAGAUUGCCACUGGAAUUAAUAAGUAAAUUAAUAAACUAAUUAAAAAUACUUUUCCAACCUUCAACAAAAGCCAUACAACAUACUGCAUCAGAACUAGAUACUCUCAAAACUGGAAACAAUUAAAUUUUGGCUGUCAGUAGCAGAGUCUCUGAAACUGAAGCCUUCUUCCUAGUAUAUAAAAUUGUGUAUAUGAUUGUACUUAGCCACAGAGCUUAACUAAUAUAAUUUGAUAUUAUACAAAAGUUAAAUAUGCUGUCCUGAACUGUUAACCAAUGAGUAUUUGUUUCACACCUCAUAUAUUCCUUUGGGAUUUUAAGGACCUUUACCCCUAUUAAAUGUUAAGAAAGCCUAACAGCUCAAAGAAUAAUCUAUUAUGUUAAAUUUGUAGAUACCAACUGCUCUAGCAAAUCUUGAUUUGUAAUUCAGAGGACAGAAAAUAGCAUUCUGCUUUCACAAUGCAUUCUGUGGAGUAGAUAAAGCUUCAUUUAUAACAUAUGAAUGCAAGGGCUGGAGAUGAAAGCCAACAAGUUUCAACAAUUUUUAAUUAGAUUGGUUGAGGAAUCAGUCCCAGCAUACUCCAUUCCCAAAUUCCAAGAAUUUUAACUGACACAAAUGUUUCAGAGCAUAAUUCUGAAAUUUUUCUUUAUAAAAGGAAUAUUUGUUCCAAUUAUAAUGCAGACCUCAUUGAGUGUUCUCUGAAAUUCUUUUUAAUUGCAAAUGCUUAAAAUUCAGAUUGUGCACAGUUUAUCCAUUUUUUUCAUGGUAGUUGGAUAGAAGAGCAGUUCAGGUAAGUUUAGAAGCUGAAAAUGCCCUCCAAAACACUGUUAGUGAACACUUCCAAUACCUCUGGUUUGUUAAACCAACAGAUAUCCUCUCCCUGAAAGACAUCUUAUUUUACCAGAAGAAUCUUUUGCCUGCUACAAACCCAGUGUCUGUUUAUUCAGUGCAGUCAGUGAAAGGUGUGAUUUGCAGAAAGCCCUUAGGAAAAUUACAAUACACUCAGCCUUCAAAUUAAAUCUGCCAUAUUAGACAUCUAGAAAGUGAGUCUCGCCCAAUUUACAGUUGCAGUAUGACAUUAAUUUCUUUUUUAUAAAAUCUACCCAGAAAACUCAAGACUUUACAAACACUGUGCUCCAAAAGGAAAGAAUAAGAUGUCAAUUUAAGAUUACAAGGAUUACAUAGGAGUUUCAUCUAAUAACAACGUUGCAUGGAAUAAAUCACUAUUUUCAAAUGCUUGUAACUCCACCAGUUUUUAGCUUAUGGGCUGAAUUUCUUAAGCAGGGUAUUUAUCCUUAAAAGUUCAAUUUUUUUUUCUCUCACCUUUUUUUUAAAAAAGCUUUUUAAAAGAUGCUGUAGCAUCUCUCAAGCUUCUUGCACUGAACAAUCAGAUGCAGUCUGUAUGUGAAGGAUCCAUCUCUCACCAUUCCUAUACUACGAUUCCAAAUUUAGCCAAUCAGACCUUGAAGAAGUUUAACCAGUACUAAACCUGAAACUCUAUUCUCAUAUGUAUUUCCAAAGUCUACUGCAAGCAUUAUCACUGUAGAAGCUGAAUAUUCAUCAAAUGAAUGAUGAAUAAUAAUAACCUGUUCAAUAACCAGUUUUCAGCUUUCCUGUUUCUGGAUGUAAUUCCUGAAAGACAGCUGUAAGA